CUUCAAGUUCAGCUCGCUGGCUCGCGGUGGUGGCGGAGGCCCGGAAUUGGCCCGUGCGGCGCCGCUCGAGAACGCGGCAGCCCCCGCGAGAGCGGCGAGAGCGCGCGCGUGCUGCGUCCCCGCGGCCGCUUUUCUGAGGCAGGCGCCGCCUGCCUGGUCAGAGCUAGUCCGCUAUUUCGCUGGGUAAACUGGUUAACCGUUUAACUAGUGAAACUGGUUUCAGUCCAGUGUGUAUGUGCCUCCUUUCGUUGAGACACCGCGUGGCAGCUAACCGCGCCGCGGCGGGGGCCCAAAUGGUUAUUAUCCUGGGAACGAGGUGCGCAGUUACACUUAAACACCGGUAUUAAACCGUGUUACGUGACGUGAGUAGUGAAGAAGAGUGCAGGCGUGCGGAGCUCCCAGCGCAGCCAUGGCUCAGUUCGGGGGACAGAAGAAUCCUCCCUGGGCGGCCCAGUUCGCAGCCACGGCCGUGUCGCAGCCCGGACAUUCGGGACAGUCGCUGGACCUCAACAGUCUGCACUCUCUGGGUGUCCAGCAGCCAUCCCUGCUGGGGGCCUCCCCCUCCAUGUACUCUCAGCAGUCGGCCUUGGCUGCGGCCUCCCUCACCUCCCAGUCCGCUGCCAACUACCAGCUGUCCCAGCAGACCGCCGCUCUCCAGCAACAAGCAGCCGCUGCCGCAGCUGCCCUGCAGCAGUCCCAGAUCAACACUGCCUUGCAGCAGUAUCAGCAGCAGCAGCAACAACAGCAGCAGCAGCAGCAGCCACAACAGCCACCGCCGCCACAACAGCCCCUCUACAAUGUCCCCCAUCAGUUACCUCAGCCACAGCCUGGCCUGCUUUCUCAGCCCCCCGUGGCAUUGCCCAGCCCCCAACCAGCAGCCCAGAUCACAGUGUCAUACCCCACACCACGGUCCAGCCAUCAGCAGCAGCCGCAACCCCAGAAGCAGCGCGUCUUCACCGGGGUUGUUAGCAAGUUGCACGACACCUUUGGUUUUGUGGACGAGGAUGUCUUCUUCCAGCUAAGCGCCGUGAAGGGAAAGGCACCCCAGGUGGGAGACCGAGUGCUUGUUGAGGCUGUGUACAACCCCAACAUGCCCUUCAAGUGGAACGCCCAGCGCAUCCAGACACUACCCCAGCUGGCCAGUCAGCCUAGCCAGCCCCCUGGACCAACUCUGAUGAAGCCAGGGCCCAGUAUGCUUCAAUCCCUGCCCCCACCCACCACCUUCAGUAUGCCCACCCAGGCUCCACCCCCCUCUCUGCUCCAGGCCCAGAUCUCUGCUGCUACUCUGGCUCCUCUCCUGCAAAACCCUCCACAGCCUCUGCUGCCACAGCCCCCCUCUAAAGAUGCAGUUUUCUCCGGCGGACUUCUCCAACCACCUGUCAGGAUGAUGCCCCAACAGCAGCCGGUACGGCGCAUAGACCCUGUGCCUCGUUUCCCAAGCCGUAGCGACAGACCAGAGCUUGUCCUCCGGAAGGACGAUCGGAGCCGUGAGAGGGACCGUGAACGGAGGCGGUCCAGAGAACGGUCUCCUACACGCAAGCGAUCACGCGACCGCUCUCCACGCCGUGACCGCUCUCCCAGGCGGCCGCGAAGGGCAGCCCCGCGGUAUACUGUGCAGUUCUCCAAGUUCUCAUUAGACUGCCGCAGCUGUGACAUGAUGGAGCUUCGUCGCCGGUACCAGAGCCUCUACAUCCCGAGCGAUUUCUUUAAUGCCGAGUUCACCUGGAUAGACGCGUUCCCACUCUCCCGGCCUUUCCAGUUUGGUAAUUACUGCAAUUUCCACAUCAUGCAUAAGGAGGUGGACUCGCUGGUGAAGAACACAGCUGUGCUGGAGCCCCCAGAUGCCAACCACACCUACAGUGCUAAGGUGAUGCUCCUGGCUAACCCCAGUCUGGAUGAGCUCUACCACAAGUCCUGUGCUCUGGCUGAUGACCCACAGGAAGUGAAGGACUCCUUUCAACAUCCAGCUCGCCUCAUCAAGUUCCUGGUGGGCAUGAGAGGCAAGGAUGAGGCCAUGGCCAUUGGGGGGCACUGGUCCCCCUCACUGGAUGGCGCUGACCCAGAAAAAGACGCCUCUGUGCUCAUCAAGACAGCAAUACGUUGUUGUAAGGCUCUGACAGGCAUUGACCUGAGUUUAUGUACUCAGUGGUAUCGUUUUGCAGAGAUUCGCUAUCACCGCCCUGAGGAGACACACAAGGGGCGGACAGUCCCUGCACAUGUGGAGACAGUGGUUUUAUUUCUCCCGGAUGUUUGGCAUUGUCUUCCUACCCGCUCAGAGUGGGAGGGGCUCUCCCGUGGACUCAAGGAGCAGCUGGCAGAGAAACUCUUGGCUGAACGAAAGGAAGCUGAUGGAGAACAGGAGGAGGAGGAGAAAGAUGAGGAAGAUUCAAAGGAAGUCACAGUUCCCACCCACUGGUCCAAGUUGGAUCCCAAGUCAAUGAAGGUUAAUGACCUGCGCAAAGAGCUGGAGAGCCGCUCAUUAAGUUCCAAGGGGCUGAAAUCCCAGCUGAUUGCACGGCUCACUAAGCAGCUGAAGGGCGAGGAACAGCUGGAGGAGGCAAAGGAGACGGAGAAGCCAGAAACCCUGGCUGUGGAAGAAGAGCCUGUUUGUAUGGAGGAGGACAGAGAGGAGGAAGAACGCAAACGACAGGAGGAGCAGGAACGACAGCGGCGGGAACGCCGCUAUAUUCUACCGGACGAGCCCACUAUCAUCGUGCAUCCUAACUGGGGGGCCAAGAAUGGUAAAUUUGACUGCAGCAUCAUGUCUCUAAGUGUGCUGCUGGACUAUCGACUGGAGGACAACAAGGAGCACUCCUUUGAAGUGUCCCUCUUUGCCGAACUGUUCAACGAGAUGCUGCAGCGGGACUUUGGUUAUAGGAUCUACAAAGCGCUGGCUGCUGUGCCCUCCAAAGAUGAAAGAAGGGAGAAGAAGGAAAAGGCGAAAAAGGAAGCAGAGAAGAGAGAUAUUAAAAGGGAGAAGGAAGAUGAGAAUGGUGAGCCGUCGCUGAAGAGGCUUAAGGACGAGAGGAAGGAGGAAGAAAGGGAAAGAAGCCUGAAGAAGGAGGAGUCAAAAGAUGAAGAUGAGGACAGCAACACUAAUGCUGAGGAGUACGACCCCUUGGAUGCUGAGGAGGGCGACGACGACGAAGACGAUGACGACUCCGAUGGGCGAGACAGGAGGGAUGACAGAAGAGAUGACAGAAAGUCUAGAGAGAGGUCUUCCAAAGAUAAGGAAAAAGAGAAGAAGCAAAUGGUCACUUACAACAAAGAUCUCCUUAUGGCCUUUGUGUACUUUGACCAAAGCCACUGUGGUUAUCUCCUCGAGAAGGAUCUUGAGGAAAUCAUGUACACGCUGGGAUUGCAUCUGUCCCGGGCUCAGGUUAAGAAGCUGUUAAAUAAACCACUCAUCAGGGAUUCAUGCUUCUACCGGAAACUGACGGACCGACCGAAAGAUGAGGCCUCUCAGGCUUCCUGUGAUGUUUCUUUGGAUAACCCUUUGGGAAACAGAGCCCUGCUGCCAUCCCACAAAGUGAAAGAAGAGAGCAGCGAAUCGGGAGGCUUGAUCGUGUACAACGGUGCCAUGGUUGAUGUGGGAAGCCUGAUGCAGAAGCUGGAGAAGAGUGAAAAGGGCAGAGAAGAGAUUGAGCAGAAACUGAUGGUGCAGAACACUAAAAUGGAGGAGGAUGCAAAGCUCAUACUGCACCUGGAAAAUGCCAAUAAUGGCCUUUCGAGAGACCUAGAGGAGCUGAGAAGCAACCUGUCUCAAACCGAGGAGACGCUCAAAGCCACCGAGGAGAGGAAGCUCUGCUUCGAGGAUCAGCUGCACAAAACAGUGACUAGUUUGUCAGGAGUAGUGAACCAGCUGCAAGGCGUUCUUAAAAAGGAUGUUCCCUCAGAGGACUGUGACCAAAAACCUCAAGCAAAUGGCUCAGAUGACUGAACCGCAUUUAGGAACCACAAAUUGUUUCGUAUAGAAUUGUAUAUAAGCGUUACACAUCAUUCUUGUUUUGGUUCUGUGAUUUUUGUGACCAUGUACAUAAUUUUACGGCUUGUGAUUUGUAACCAAAAAAUAAUUUACAGCUGAAGUACGUAGUGAUUUAAUCAAAAUCUUAACUAAGAAACAGGAUUUUGCUUUGCUGUUCCAUUGUAAUAAGUAUGUGCAGCUUGUCUUAAUUAGCAAUAACAGUGUUUUAUUUAUGUGUCAGGUGGCUUGGUUUGAACAUAUUGCAAGCAGAUCAAUAAAUGUGUGGUAUCUUUUUUUCUUGAAAAAUAA